UGUCUGAUCAUUAAACGAGCAGCUGUCACCAACAGGGACGAUCAAUAAGAUGCAGAUUUCCCACAGGCCUGUGCAGUGGCUCGCUGUCAUGCUUCUUGUCAACUUUACAACCGCCCAGUGUCAACAGAACGAGAGUCGCCGAGCUGUGACCGAACACCAGCUGAUGCACGACCGCAGCCGAAACAUCCAGAGUCUCAAGAGACUCAUCUGGCUGUCCAGCGCCAUCGAGGGUCUCCACACCGCCCAGACUCGGUCUGCUGCGUACAGCCCCACAAAGGUCCUGAACCUGUCUCUGAAUCCAGCGCUGGUCCCUGCUGCUGUGAGCCCCCAGCCCACCCGGGUGCAGAGCCUCCUGAGAGACUUCUUUAAUCCCUACCUGACUCAACAGCCAGACAGAGAGGCCUAACGUCACUUUGAUACACAAACAUAAAGUGAACAUGUAUAUAAGAAAUAAUCAUUAUCAUUUGUCUUUGGUGCUAAGACACUAAGACACUUAUUCAGGUGCAGACAUGUCCAAAUGUCUUCAAAAGUUUAAAAGCAGAUUAAAUGUUUUGUUCCAGAGGGCGUUCAUUCCUGUUCCUAGGGUCCUGCAUUCCCCACAUGUAUAUGGCACAUAAUGGGAACCUGAAAAAGCUGUUAGCUGUUAGCUGUUUUGACCAAAAGUUUAUUUUGGAGAGGAAGAGACAUCUGCAGAUAAUUCACCUGAUGGUAAAAACGUCCUGAACAGUGAACACAAAGGGAAUUCUAAACAGGAGAAGUUUCCGCUGGUUGUAAUCUGCAAUCCUUACCACUAGACACAACUAAAUCCCCCUAAAUCAUACACACUGUUCCUUUAAUAUGACAUGAGUUUGGUUAGGGGUCUAUAAGCAUGAUCCUGAGAGUCCUGAAAUUUCACUGGCACAGGUCUCAGUCUAGAUAUUAGUUACUCUUUCUGCCUGAACAGUAAGUCCCAAACUCAUCUCAGCUCUAAAUUCAAAAUAAUAACAAUUAGUCAUCCAAUUAAUUCACCAAUUAAAAGAGAGGAAAAUGUAAAACAAAAGAUAAAAAAGGAGAAAAAUAAUUAUUUAACCUUUUGGGGUUAGGAAAUCGAUAGUAGAUAACUACUGCCAUGUCCAUACAGGUUUAGAUAAGGAGAGAGGUCCAGUGUCAGGUUAGAGUCAGAGAGCUCUAACAAUCAACUACUGCUUUCACCAAAGGUCAGGGUUAACUGGAUUUUUUAAAAAUAUAUUUAUGAUAUAUUUUAACUUGAAAUGGGUCAAAUUCGACCCAGACAAAAUAGGAGUGUUAAUGUGCUAACAGAAUAUUAAACUGGGAAACAUAGUACCCUGGGAACACAGAUAAGGUCCUGUGAUGAAGCAUUGGUCAAGGUGAACUUCAUUACACUUAUAUCAAGAGCUGGAUGAUAUGACCAAAAGAUAAAAAUGUUUUCAAGUGUGGGGAUGAUUCAUAGUUUUAAUCAUUUUUAUUCCUGUAAGAAAAAAAAACAAGACUAAGAAACAACUGAAACGUCAUAUUUUCUGGUCUGUAUGUGCAAAAAACUGAGAAUAUGUGGCUCGUUGGUCUCGGGGUCUAAUUUUCAGUUACAGUGUGAAAGGUCUGGGGUUCAAAUCCCGGCCCAGCCCUGUAUUAACUGCAUAUCAUGUCUCAGUACGUGUACUUUGUGCAAUGACAAUAAAUAAAUGACCAAAGACUUA